CUGAAAGAUGCUUGGAGGCAUGUCGAAAUAACGUCAUUGUGUCACGCAAUGUGCGCCAUUUUGGAUGGGGGAAAAAAAUCACAGACGAUUUCCGUGAUCUGAUCCCGACUCUUCACCUUGCCUGUGGAUGUUGACUAUUUUUACCCCAUGCAAGUUACAUUGGUUGAAUAAGCAGUGUUCAGUAAUAGCCAACUCUGCUAAAUGAAACAAUGGCAGGAGUUGCCGGUGGAAAUGACUUUCAGUGGUGUUUCUCACAAGUGAAGGGGGCAAUAGAUGAAGAUGUUGCGGAAGCGGAUAUCAUCUCAACGGUUGAAUUCAACCAUUCUGGAGAGUUUCUAGCAACUGGAGACAAGGGAGGCAGAGUUGUCAUAUUUCAACAUGAACAGGAGUGUAAAAAUAGACCACAUCUGCGAGGGGAAUACAACGUCUAUAGCACAUUUCAGAGUCACGAACCUGAAUUUGACUACUUGAAAAGUUUAGAAAUUGAGGAAAAAAUUAACAAAAUAAGAUGGUUACCCCAACAAAACUCUGCUCACUUUCUGCUCUCAACAAAUGAUAAAACUAUCAAAUUGUGGAAGAUCAGUGAACGAGACAAGCGGGCUGAGGGUUACAACUUGAAAGACGAAGAUGGACGUCUCAGGGAUCCCUUUAGAAUUACCUCCCUGCGGGUACCAGUUCUGAUGCCCAUGGAUCUCAUGGUAGAAGCAAGUCCUCGGAGGGUGUUUGCCAACGCUCAUACAUAUCAUAUUAAUUCCAUUUCUGUAAAUAGCGAUCAUCAAACGUACCUCUCCGCUGAUGACCUAAGAAUUAACCUAUGGCACUUGGAAAUCACUGACAGAAGCUUUAACAUUGUAGACAUCAAGCCUGCCAACAUGGAGGAACUGACAGAGGUGAUCACAGCUGCUGAGUGCCAACCAAACCAAUGCAAUGUAUUUGUGUACAGCAGUAGCAAAGGCACCAUACGCCUCUGUGACAUGCGAGCAGCAGCACUCUGCGAUAGGCACACUAAGUUCUUUGAGGAGCCUGAGGAUCCAAGCAGCAGGUCGUUCUUCUCUGAGAUCAUCUCGUCCAUUUCUGACGUGAAGUUCAGUCACAGCGGGCGCUACAUGAUGACACGGGACUACCUCUCUGUCAAGGUGUGGGACCUCAACAUGGAGAACAGGCCAGUCGAGACAUAUCAGGUUCACGAAUACCUUCGCAGCAAGCUCUGUUCAUUGUAUGAAAAUGACUGCAUCUUUGACAAGUUUGAGUGCUGCUGGAACGGUAGCGACAGUGCAAUCAUGACUGGCUCCUACAACAACUUCUUCCGGAUGUUUGACCGCAACACCAGGAAGGACAUUACACUGGAGGCCUCCAGGGAGAGCAGCAAACCGCGUGGCACACUCAAACCCCGCAAAGUCUCCACUGGAGGCAAGAGGAAGAAAGACGAAAUUAGCGUGGACAGCCUGGAUUUCAACAAGAAGAUCCUGCACACCGCCUGGCACCCCAAAGAAAAUGUCAUCGCUGUGGCAGCCACCAACAACCUGUACAUUUUCCAGGAUAAGAUCAACUAAAAAAAUAAUUGGGCUCCAUCCUGAGGACAAGGCUUUACUGUUCCUGCGUAGUUAAGCCUAGUGGUUUAUCCGUAUCAGAAACUAACAGCCCUAUCGUCCUCCUGGUGGCACUUUUCUCCUUUUGUUGCCGCAGGAGGUUGAUUGGUCUGCCUGUUUUUUUAUUUUGAGUCAGAGGUUGAUUUUGCCUUGGGUGAAUCGGUGCCAGGGCAGAGAUCGGACCCGGAGAGCCCACCUUACUUUGAAUCAAUGGAACGGCACUCCCAAGAGUUCAAACUCUUGAACAUUGGUGUUUGUGUUGACAUUUUCAGCCUUUAUUUCAUAAUCUAACAACCAAACUAUGGAAAGCCCUGAAAAUGACCUCUUGUUAUUGUUAUAACACCCUCUUUUGGGCCUUUCUAAAACAUGAUAUUUCCUGGGUUUUAGGCCUACCUGUUAACAUUCCCCCAUUGACCAUGCAUUCAGGCCAAAGCACUUGCAACAGGUCAUGAAUUUGGAAAGUGGACCUUUUUCUUUUCUCUACCCACUCCCUCCUAUCCCCAAUUUAUCCCCCAGACAUGGUAAUCUCAAUGACUGUAUCUAUUCAAGUACACCUUCAUGGUGUCAUCCACUUAAUAAAAGUAACUAAAACUACA